CGAUUUCCCACGGAAACCUCUCAUCUUCAACAGAGGGAAUAACCGCAGGUCAAAACCCACCCUCCGCUACCGGAUCGCGGGCAACGGCGGAAGUGGAAGGGCCGCGGCCUGCCUCGGAGGGAGACCGGACGGGACCGGGAGGCGCCGCCGUUGCUACCGCCCAGCGCAGCCCCGCCGAGCCGCCAUGAGUGACCAGCAGCUGGAUUGUGCCUUGGAUUUGAUGAGGCGUCUGCCUCCGCAGCAGAUAGAGAAGAAUCUCAGUGACCUCAUUGACUUGGUUCCAAGCCUCUGUGAAGAUCUCCUCUCCUCUGUUGAUCAGCCAUUGAAGAUUGCACGAGAUAAGGUGGUAGGAAAAGACUAUCUAUUGUGUGACUACAACAGAGAUGGAGACUCAUAUAGAUCACCAUGGAGUAACAAAUACGAUCCUCCCCUGGAAGACGGUGCCAUGCCAUCUGCUCGCCUGCGCAAGCUGGAGGUGGAAGCCAACAAUGCCUUUGACCAGUACAGAGACUUGUAUUUUGAAGGUGGAGUCUCCUCUGUCUACCUCUGGGAUUUGGAUCAUGGUUUUGCUGGGGUGAUCCUCAUUAAGAAAGCUGGAGAUGGAUCAAAGAAGAUUAAGGGAUGCUGGGAUUCCAUCCACGUGGUGGAGGUUCAGGAGAAAUCCAGUGGUCGUACUGCUCAUUACAAGCUGACCUCCACAGUGAUGCUGUGGCUGCAGACUAAUAAAACUGGUUCUGGUACCAUGAACCUUGGAGGGAGCCUUACCAGACAGAUGGAGAAAGAUGAGACUGUGAGUGACUCCUCUCCACACAUAGCCAAUAUUGGACGCUUGGUAGAGGACAUGGAAAACAAAAUCAGAAGUACACUGAAUGAGAUUUAUUUUGGAAAAACAAAGGACAUCGUUAAUGGGCUGAGAUCUAUUGAUGCUAUCCCCGACAACCAAAAGUAUAAGCAGUUGCAGAGGGAGCUUUCUCAAGUGUUGACCCAGCGCCAGAUCUACAUCCAGCCUGAUAACUAAACCAAUCCAGGUCUGUGCAGACUUUUGCAGACAAAUCAAAACAAGAAGCUCUUAAAAACGACCUGGUGGAGGCUUUGAAGAGAAAGCAGCAAAGUUAAAAUACUCUUCAUGCUAACAACACAUGCCAUGCACUCAUUAGAUUCCUUUCUUAGAAAACUCAUCCCCCCCCUUGCCCUUUUCUGUUACGUCACGUCACAAUUUGCAUUCAGUACUAUCCAUGCAACGCCAUCUUCUCCCCAUGAAUAAAGCUGUACAAACUUU